AUGUCUCGACGUGUUGUAGUGGCGUUCGCUAUCGCCCUUGUGGUGAAUGCUGCUCAAACUCCCUUCUUCCAAGUUGAACCGGCUUGGGAUUUAGACGUUCCCCCCAAUGUCAACGCCACCGGAAAUCUCAUCUUCGACACUGUCAGCUCAGCGCUAACUCAUUGGACACACACAAGAUAUCGAAAUGGCCACAACCUCAUACCAGGCACAGUCCCAGUUGGAACCUUGCUCUAUCAUGGUCGAGGAGAUCCUGAUGUUCGUUCUGGAGUGCCAGACUGGGUUGCUACGGACCCAGAGCAUUCGUUCAUGUUUUGCAGAACACUCAAACCCGAAGAAGGUUGCUGGCAUCUCACUCUGGCGACAACACGGCCUCUGAAGAUCCUCUACUUCGAUGGCUCUAGCGCCGCCAAGAUGCGGGAUGGUCCCAUGGAUUCACAAGACAUUGUGGCUUGGGGCAAGGUUAUACCCGAGCGGUACUUUGAUGAGCGUCAACGUAUCAUCGACAUAUGUCAUUGGGGCAAGCAAUUUGGAGUGGACGGAUAUGUUCGCAUGGAAAUGGAUUUCGAAAUAAUGCUUUGCGACUUCACUGAGGGCGUAGACGUCGUUGCGCUCGCCAGCUUGACGCGCGAGGGCAAUGGCAUCCCUGGACCUGGUCGUAGAAGACCCCCACCAGGCGACCCUUAUUUGAAUCUGGCACCCAACUCCGAUCUUGCGUCGGAGGUAAUCUACUCAGGCUCGUGGCAUAACCACUAUCCGGGCGACCGGAGAAUUCAGCUUGACCUUACUGCUCUUGUUUCGUUUUAUGACACUCAACUCGUCCCCAGUCUAGUGCCUGUCCGCUUUGGGCAGGAGCGCUGGGACCACCGCCUACUGGGCAUCAGCGCUGAUGAUGCUGACUCUGUCCUGGCUCGUCUUGAAAGCGUUCUUUCUGCUGGGAUACCAUCUCGGAACGCGACAGGCGUCGACUGGGACACCCUCUUCAAAGUGAUCGUUGACCGAUACGCCGACCGGCUCGAAAUAGCCCAGUAUCUCCUCAACAACACCACUAAUGCUACCGACACAGCUCAGCGGGUCAUGAAGCAGCUCCACAUCAUGCUCACCCCAUACUUGCUACAUUCAGCCAGCCCCUCCGGUAAAGGGAACUCAUGGGCAGCCCCAAUAUACGAGUUUUGCGCUACCUCCCACACAUCCUACAUUCACCGAACCUCAGCCAUCCUCUCUCGAAUGACCGCAUCAGAACAUUUGCUUCUCGGCGCUGUAGACCAAGUAAACCGUGAAAUAUGCCGCAUCGUCGUCUCCAUGUGGGUCCAAGGCGUUGAUGCUGGUCUUGACGAAAUUGUCCGUCCACCGAUCGUAAUAGACUCGGACAACGAAGAAGUUUUGGUACAACACUGGAACUCCGCGCUGGCUGGUCUGAUGUCUUGGCUUGACUGGAGCAUUUGGGUCAGAUGUCGACCAGCGUGCAAUUUUGAGGAAAUAUGCUACCUCCCUACAUGGCCUUUUGGCCGAGGAGUCCAUGAGAUUCCAGAUAAAGAGGACUUCCUCCGACCCAAACCACGUUGCAUUCCUCGCAUAGAGUAG